UAACACAUGCAUGUGUGCAGUCUUACUUGUCAUUUUACUUAGUAUGUCAGCUGCUAAUUUAGUACUGUGCACUUAUUCUUGUAUCUCCGUGAUUACCUCAUUAUCUUACUGAUCGUAUUAUGUGUGAUUAUAUUAGUAGAAUUGAAUAUUUAGUAGAUUGUAGUUUAGGUGAAUCGUGAUAAGUGUGAUUCACCCUUCAAACGAUUUUGUGGUUAUGGCUAUUUUCAUUUUCGCAGUACCAAACUUUUAGUUGAAGGCGGAAAUUACUGCAGAAUAUUUAAAAAUGUAUAGCUUCGAGGGUGAGUUUCGGCGAAGACCACAGCAAAAUUUAUCGGGUGCAAGCAGGAAACAUGAACGAAAUGAACUAUUACAAAGAGCUCAAAAUGAACGGAAUAAAAGAGAGAUUUCAGGAAUUGCGUAGAAGGUACAAUAGCACAAUCCUUAUCCAAGCAUUUGUGAGAGGCUGUUUAACUAGGCUGCAGUACAAGAAGAUACAACGAGCAGCAUUUGAUGAGACUGUGCAACAGAACAGUUAUGUUGGCCAUGCACCUGAUGAACGAACCUUGUCCUUGCUUAUUCAAAGGCUGUUGUUCUUUUAUUCUGAAGAGGAAGAUUCCAGCAGGCUUGUCUGGGUAUCUCAGCUCUUACUUAAACAACAUGAGCAAAUCAUGGUAGCAGCAGAACGUCCAGGCGACGUGUGGGCAUGGCGUUUAUGCCACCUGUUACAUAUGAAUGUUGCUCACAUGGCAGCUGCUACACAACAGCCGAACAGCAGAGAGUCAUUGGCCGUUUCUCUUCGAACUGUUGAAGUUUUCACAUCGUGGGAAACAUGCCAGCGCAUUUUGGGGGAAGCAAAGGCAAGUAUGCACCUCAUACGUCUAUUUACAUAUUUGGUGAAAAAGGGGUACUUCGAUCAAGUUCGCUGCCUCAUUGAUAACAAGGUUCCACCACUUUUGGAGCCUUCAUCUCACCCACCGACACCACUGGCUGCCUGUCUCUUUGAUAUGAUAACACGGCCACUACAGCUGAUUAUCACUUCGCCAACCAACAGCUCAGAGUUUAGUGGACUAAUUCUUCGUGGUUUGUGUCAGCAUAUCCUGGCUCCAUCGCUUACAGAACCAGUCAAACUCUUUAUUAUUCCAGCACUGGCUGACCUUGCGUACUUCCCCUUCAGAGAGCUACUGGAGACCAUAAAAUUAAAUGCCUGUUCAGUGCCUGCUUCUACAUGGCUACUCUUUACAGUGCUGGCUCUCGAACGGAAACACUUUGUUCCAGGACAGAAUGUCGGAGAUGGCCUUCUUUUAAUUUACCUGCAGAUAUUAGCAAACCUAACUGUAAAUAUCAGUAAGGUAUAUAAUGGAUCAAAUACUGGCACAAAACGCAGUGGUCAUGACACUUCUGGUGACUCGGAUGAUGACUCAGGCAAUGAAAUGGACCAUGAAGGAAGCAAUAUUGAAGAGCUUCAAAUACUGGAACAAUGCAUGGAGAUGCUGAAUGAGUCAUCACGGGUUCAAACCUUGUUGCUGGCGGUUGAUCAGUCAGAAGACCCACACGUUCUCCAGGCUUUAUGCCAAGUAUGCCAUAAUCUCCUUGUGGCACACAAGUUUGCCAUCCACAAAUAUAAGUUACUUUAUAUGCUGGCGUUUAAACCGUCAUUCUUACGACACCUGUGGACGGCCAUAUUGUCUGUAUGUCAGACAUCAUUAUUUGGAAGUGCCACACCAUUGCUUCAAGUUAUUUCAAGAGGAAUUCCAAUGUCUCCUGAAGAUAGCGAUCGUAUCGUUCCGCUGCUCGCUGUCUUCUGCUCACUUUUUAGUCUUCUUAUAGCUACACUUCAUGAUUCAGAGUUUUAUGCUGAUGAUAAUCAUGCAGGUGCACUUUUAACAACGAUGCCAUUUUCCUUAUUGUCAUUAGUUCCACUGACACUGACAUUAAAAGAAGUUUGCCUUGGGUUAGUGGAAUUGGCUUUUCCGGACUCUCGUCCAAGUGUACGGGAUGACUAUCGUACAGCAGUGCAUGGGCGAGAUCAACCGUCUACUGUCAGUAGCCAGGAGACACAGAUGUGGUCACACCUCUUCAAGGUGACUGUUGGCUUGGUACGACAGUUACAUGCUCGAGACAUUCGGCGUCCAUUCUGCCCCGAGGGUCACUGGAUUUCUAAGCAAGUGAUGUUCCCAUUAGAUAAGCCAUCAGAUUUUACACUACGCAGGCAUAGGCUUAGGAAUUAUCGCCCCUUCCAAGGGUUAAGAGCAUUCACUAGAGAAGAAUUGGAGGAAGGGCCUCCAUUGUCAACAAAGGAAGUGCGGACCAUGACGAUUUUGCGGGAACUUCCUUUCCUGGUUGCGUUCCAGGAACGUGUACUUGUCUUCCAGAGUCUGGUACUAAAAGACAAAGUGGAACACCAGGGAGAGCACAGUCAUUUCUUGCAAGGGCCAAAUAUACAGGUGGCUGUGAGACGGAACUACCUGUAUGAGGAUGCCUUUGACAGGCUUUCUCCAGAGAAUGAACCUGAGCUGAGACUGAAGAUGAGAGUCCAACUGGUGAACGUAGUUGGGAUGGAUGAAGCCGGUGUCGAUGGAGGGGGAGUUUUUCGGGAGUUUCUGUCCGAGCUGCUGAAAACAGCUUUUGACCCCAAUAGGGGUUUCUUCCGUUUGACAAAAGACAAUCAACUUUAUCCAAAUCCUAAUGUUCACCUGCUUGUAGAAGACUUUCCAAGACAUUAUUUUUUCAUAGGAAGAAUUCUGGGAAAGGCAUUAUAUGAAAACCUCCUUGUUGAGCUUCCGUUGGCAGAGUUUUUCCUCUCCAAGUUGGUUGGCCGACACUCAGAUGUCGACGUUCACCACUUGGCUUCGCUCGACCCCAUAAUGUAUCGCAAUCUCCUGUUUCUCAAGAGUUACGAAGGGGAUGUCACUGACCUUGGCCUAGAUUUCACUGUACUCAAUGAUGAACUUGGUGAAACAAGGACUGAUGAGCUGAAACCGGGGGGAUCCAAUAUUCCCGUCACGACUUCCAAUCGCAUUGAGUACAUCCACCUUAUGGCUGAUUAUAAACUUAAUAAACAAAUCCGAGCGCAGUGCUCUGCAUUCAAACAGGGUUUGGCAAAUGUCAUUCCUCUGGACUGGCUGCAGAUGUUCAACAACAAGGAACUACAGGUUCUAAUAUCAGGGGCCCAGAUUCCAGUGGAUGUAGAGGACUUAAAACAGCACACAAACUAUACAGGGGGCUAUGCAUCAGACCAUCCCACUAUCCGUCUGUUCUGGAAAGUUGUGGAGAAUUUUACAGACCUCCAGCGACGGCAGCUCCUUAAGUUUGUCACUAGUUGCUCUAGACCACCACUGCUUGGAUUUAAGGAACUGGAUCCUCCUUUCUGUAUUCAGCAUGCAGGAUCAAUAGAUCGCUUGCCAACAGCCAGUACUUGCAUGAACCUGCUCAAACUGCCAGAGUUUGCGGAGGAAGUCAUUCUCAAAGACAAACUGCUGUAUGCUAUUCAGGCCGGUGCUGGUUUCGAACUGAGCUAAGUAUCGCAGGUCCACGUAGAGUACCAAAGUCUGCUUUCUGCUGCUUUGUACGCAAGUACAGAUGAAAAAUGGGUGAGAACUUGGAGUAAAGUCUUUAUAACAAGAACUUUCUUAUAAUUUAUAUUACUGUAUAAUACAAUACAGCAUAACGCAAUGAGGGAAUGAAAAAGGAAUUAUUGGUGAGAAUUCUUACAAGAUAUUUUAUUGUAUCUUCAGUGUUCAUAUAAAGUAACUCGGUCUUUUGAUGUUUUAA